UAACCGUGCUCCAGCGGCACGUACCUCGCGGAAUGUGGAAAGAAGAAGAAUGAUUAUCGCGAUCGUGUGCACGCGUUCUCGCCUCUCGAGGAACAGACAAUUCUCGAAAGGUAUCCAACGCCUUGCAGAAGACGUCGUCUCCUGAAACACUGGGAAAUCAAAUGUCGGUCAGUUCAGACACCGCUAGCAGUAGAGCUGCGUCGCCAGUGACGUCGGCGGCCCGUUCUAUAUUGGGGUCUUCUGGAAGCGCGGCGUCUCCAGCGACCCCGUCGUCCACAGCGACCUCAAGGAAACUCAUGCCUGGCUUCGUCUUCCAUGACAACAUUGCUGCCGUCCAGGAGAGCAUCUACAUCGUGCUGGGUCACGGACCGUACCAACGCCGAGUCCUGCUGUGCAGCGUCCUGUCGGUGAUCGUGGCGCUCUUUCAAGCGCUGUCGGACCACCUCACCAAUGGGCCCGUGGACCACUGGUGCCGGCCGCCGAAAAACCUGCGCGAACUGUCUGCCGACGCGUGGAAGAACAUGUCCAUCCCCGUUGAGGCUGACGGCUCGUUCAGCAAGUGCACCGUGUACGACCCGGUCGUUGCGGUGAGAUUACGACCUGCUGACACUCCUGCGGCCAACAGGUCGACGGCGCCUUGUCAAAGUUGGGACUACGACAUUGCGAACCGAGCUGACAGCAUUGUCAGCCGCUUCGGACUCAUCUGCGACCGCCAGUACCUGCUCAACCUGGGCACUGGGAUCUUCGUCAUGAUUUCCGCUCUAGUGACGCCAGUGCUCGGGUUCGCGUCCGACCGAGUGGGUCGAAGGCCUGUCACCUUGGCCUCCGUGAUCGUCCUGCUAACUGGAACUGUUGGCAGCAGCGUCUCCGGCACGUUCACCUUCUACGUCUCCACAAGGACCGUGGUCCUGACAACCGCCAACACCGUCUUCAUGCUCAUUUUCAUCCUGCUCUACGAGGUGACCGGCAAGCAGUGGCGGCUUCUGUUCACCAUCCUGGUCACGGCCGUGGGGAUUACCGUGGUACCUCCGUUCGUCGAUGCUCUCAGCCUGUUAAAACCACGCUGGGUGUUGUUACACGGAGUCAUCAUCGUGCCCACGGCCAUCUUGGCGGCCUGCUGCUGCCUACUGCGAGAGUCACCCGCCUGGCUCCUGGCCACCUGGGACGUGCAGCGUGCUCAGGAGGGCGUCUUGGAGGCAGCCAUCCUCAACGGAUUGGAUACCGCCAAGGCAGCGGCCACCUUUCGGGCAAUUCUCGUCCAACUGGUAAAGAUAGAUCAGAGUCAGCAUUUUUCAACGGACGCCUCUGACGGUCGCGUGCAGUCCGUGAAGAUGCGUCGCCAGGUGGCGUCGGUGUUCCUAGCCAGGCUGACGCUCAAUGCCAUCUACUUCCCCCUGGCGGUGAAGGGGCGCUCCCUCGGCUACUACUGGUUGGCGGUACAUACGGUACUGCUGGCGGCGUCCUACGUGGCCGUCUGCUGGGCCGUAGUCAAGCGUGGACUUCGGGACACGCUGAUCAUACUGCUGGUCAUCGUGUGCGCCCUCUCCGCCGUCCAAACGAUGCUGAUGUCCGUCAGCGGUCUCCAGAUACUCAUUCCUGUGGUGGACGCUGCUCUCAAGAUCGCGUUGGCGGGCUCCAUGAGCGUCACCCUGUGCUACUCGGCCGAAGUGUUCCCCACGAGCAUCCGCUGUGCCGGUGUUAGCGCAUCGUUGUUCUUCGGUUACGUCGGUUCGCUCCUGGGCAUUCUCGUACACGCGUUGAGUGGCCGAAAAAUAGGUUCCUUGUUCCACGGCACCGCGGCCAUCUUGACCGCCCUGAGCGUCUUCGCGGUGCAGUGGCUUCCGGAGGUCCUCGUCGAGACGCGGAAGGCGAAGCGUGAGGCGGCACCCGCGAGUGCCCAGGAGCGCAAGGAGGCCCUAAAACAGUCACUGGCGCUUCCUGUCGAGGACGAGAAGAGGAGGAGACGGCGCAAGGGACAAAUGAAGACGCCGAACAAGUCGCCGGCUUAACGACGGGUACAUUUUAAAUUCACGCCGGAUGAUCAUGAAGUGGGGAAGCCAAUGGAUAGACUUGUAUUGAAAGCAGAAUAAGUGCAAUGCCAUUAGAUAUUAUGACCGAUGAUAUAAUUGGCACUCUAAUUUUAGGAUUCCAAUUACGUGAGAGUGAACGCAGCACUGCAUUCACGAGCCGUAAGUUGUCUGUGCAGGGUAUUUAGUUACUAUACGCGCUAGAACUUCGCGCGUGUUACGCUGCUGCGCAAAUGUAUUUGUAGAUAUGCAACUUUGAGGACUGAAAAACUUA